AGCGAUGGCGGAGGCCGGGCCACAGGCGCCGCCGCCCCCGGGCACCCCAAGCCGGCACGAGAAAAGCUUGGGACUUCUCACCACCAAGUUCGUGUCGCUUCUGCAGGAGGCCAAGGACGGCGUGCUUGACCUCAAGCUGGCAGCUGACACCCUUGCUGUGCGCCAGAAGCGGCGGAUUUACGACAUUACCAACGUGCUGGAAGGUAUCGGGCUGAUCGAGAAAAAAUCCAAGAAUAGCAUCCAGUGGAAGAGAUACCCUCCUGGCCAUCCGGGCCCCGUCGGGCACCAGCCUCGAGGUGCCCAUCCCAGAGGGCCUCAAUGGACAGAAGAAGUACCAGAUUCAUCUGAAGAGUGUGAGUGGCCCCAUUGAAGUACUGCUGGUGAACAAAGAGGCAUGGAGCUCACCGCCUGUGGCGGUGCCUGUGCCACCACCUGAAGAUCUGCUCCAGAGUCCGCCUGCUGUCUCUACCCCUCCACCUCUGCCCAAGCCUACACUGGCCCAACCCCAGGACGCCUCACGCCCAAGCAGUCCCCAGCUGACCACCCCCACCCCUGUCCCUGACAUCACUGAAGCCCAGGGGGUGCCUGGUCCAGCAACUGAGAUCACAGUGAGUGGCGGCCCUGGACCAGACAGCAAGGACGGUGGGGAGCUCGGCUCCCUCCCCCCUGUCCUGGCAGCCCUGGACACCCGGCCACUGCAGUCUUCUGCCCUGCUGGACAGCAGUAGCAGCAGCAGCAGCAGCAGCUCAUCCGGACCCAACCCUUCUACCUCCUUUGAGCCCAUCAAGGCAGACCCCACAGGAGUUCUGGAACUCCCCAAAGAGCUGUCAGAAAUCUUUGAUCCCACACGAGAAUGCAUGAACUCAGAGCUGCUGGAGGAGCUGAUGUCCUCAGAAGUGUUUGCCCCCCUCCUCCGCCUUUCUCCACCCCCUGGAGACCACGAUUACAUCUACAACCUGGACGAGAGUGAAGGUGUCUGUGACCUCUUCGAUGUGCCUGUUCUCAACCUCUGACUGACAGGGACAUUCCCUGUGUGGCUGGGACACAGACUGUUUGACCUGGGGGGCUGCCUGAGGGCCUCCCCCACUCUACCCCUACACAGCUUGAGAGCCACAGACUCCUGGCUUCCCCAGCCUUCCCUCACUGCAAUUCUGAAAACUCCCACUCCUCCACGAGCACCUGUACCAUGCUAGGAAAGCAGGGGCAAGGGGCUCAGCCCUCUUUGCCAUGGAGCCAGAGUGUUUGCCUCUCCUUUUCUGGAGCUCUUCCCCCACUUCAUGCCCUCUCCGAGCCCUCUCAGAGCCCAGGCUCGGCUGCCACUCAGUGGCACAGAACUGAAGACCUGCCAUCACCUGCAUAGGGCAGCUUGUCCAUCCCCACUGCCCUGUUGUAGCUAAUGCCUCCAAGUCUGAGGAGGGAAGCCUGGGGUGGAGCCAGAAGCUUGCCAGCACCACCCCUAGCCUCCUUCGAGUCUCCCCACCUCUGACCCUGCAGCUCCCCCUGGACCUCUCCCAUGUACUCCCCCAUCUGCUGGGCCCUUAGCCCUGGGACCUAUAGGUGGUGGGGUUGGGGGAUGCUGCUAACAGGAAGGAACAGAGAGGUCUUUAGCUAGAAAUUUGGGUGGAUAAGCCCCUGAGGAUUGGCCCAGUCUGCUGCCCUGUAGGUCCCCCGCCUUGUUUAUUCAUUUACCCUCAUUUAGAGCCAUUUGCAGAGAUUUAGAAAGAUUUGCAGUAACGAAUGGAUUCCUAUAUAAAGAUUAUUUUUAUACUUUUUGCAGCAAAAGGAAAUUGUAAUAUUUGUACAGUAUCCAAGUGAAUAAAGACCACGCCUAAGGCUAUCUCUGAUCUGGUUCUUUCAGGGCCUUUCUCUGGAAUUCUGCUGGGUUGGUGGGGCCGGGCGGGUUACCUUUCCUGGAAAGGGGGGUGUGGCUGCUCUGGCAUCCCGCCCUCUGCGUCCUGACCUGGCGCACCUUGGGGCGGGGCGGGGCCGCGGGAGUGGGGCGGGGCCAGCGUCUACCCAGAGGACUCCAACCCGGAACUAAUCUCGUCUCCCUUGGGAAGGCCGCGCGGCCCCUGGCCAGGAGCGGGAACCAGACCCGUCAGUGCGGGCCUCGGGGUCCAAGCCUUGGACAAGGGACGUCCUCAUUUUCGGAGACACCAGACCAGGCGCCCGCCUUGGCUGGAGCUUGGAUGGUCUGGAAACUACAGGCGCCCUUGCCCUGUUUGGACCAUGGCGCCCCCGCGAAACGUGGUGAAGAUCGCGGUCCAGAUGCCUGACGCCAUCCCGCAGCUCAUCAGGCUGGACCAGGCAAAGCCUCUGGCCGCUGUGCUGAAGGAGGUGUGCGACGCGUGGAGCUUGGAUCACUCGGAAUGCUACGCCCUGCAGUUUGCUGAUGGGCACAGGAGAUACAUCACUGAGAACAACCGCGCAGAGAUCAAGAAUGGCAGCAUCCUGUGCCUCAGCACUGCCCCAGACCUUGAGGCUGAGCGGCUUUUGCAUGGGCUGCAGAAUGGGAGUCGUGAAAGGCGCCGGGAAACUCUGCACCACCUCGUCUUGCUGGCCCCAGACGUGACCUUUGCCCAGGAGGUUAUCAGCCGUGAUGGGCUUCAGAGACUAGGCACCAUCAUUGAGGAUGGGGAUGACUUAGGGGAGGUGCUGACCCUCGCACUGAGGGCCUUCUUGGAGCUCAUGGAACAUGGCAUGGUGUCCUGGGAGACACUCAGCAUCCCCUUUGUUAGGAAGGUGGUGGGCUACGUGAACAUGAACCUGAUGGAUGCAUCUGUGCAGCCCCUGGCCCUCAGGCUGCUAGAGAGUGUGACCUUGAGCAGCCCUGCCCUGGGCCAGCUGGUCAAGAGUGAGGUGCCACUGGAUAGGCUGCUGGUACAUCUACAGGUGAUGAACCAGCAGCUACAAACCAAGGCGAUGGCUUUGCUGACAGCCUUGCUGCAGGGGGCCAGCCCUACUGAACGUAAGCACAUGCUUGAUUACCUGUGGCAGAGAAACCUUCGCCAGUUCAUCUAUAAGAACAUCAUCCACAGUGCGACACCAUUGGGCGACGAGAUGGCUCACCAUUUGUAUGUACUGCAGGCCCUUACGUUGGGGCUGCUGGAGCCACGCAUGAGGACGCCACUGGACCCCUAUAGCCAGGAACAGCGGGAGCAGCUGCAGGCCCUGCGUCAGGCUGCCUUCCAGUCAGAGGGGGAGUCUCUGGGCAGCGGGCUUAGUGCCGACCGUCGCCGCUCCCUGUGUGCCCGCGAGUUCCGAAAACUGGGCUUUUCCAACAGCAACCCCGCACAGGAUCUAGAGCGCGUGCCCCCUGGCCUGCUGGCGCUGGACAACAUGCUCUACUUCUCCAGACACGCACCCAGCGCCUACAGCCGGUUUGUGCUGGAAAACAGCAGCCGUGAGGACAAGCACGAGUGCCCCUUUGCCCGGAGCAGCAUCCAGCUCACUGUGUUGCUGUGUGAGCUGCUUCGUGUUGGGGAGCCCUGCUCCGAAACAGCCCAGGACUUUUCGCCCAUGUUUUUCGGCCAAGACCAGAGUUUUCAUGAGCUCUUCUGUGUGAGCAUCCAGCUGCUGAAUAAGACCUGGAAGGAGAUGCGAGCCACCCAGGAGGACUUUGACAAGGUUAUGCAGGUGGUGCGGGAGCAGCUGGCCCGCACACUGGCCCUGAAGCCCAGCUCCCUGGAGCUUUUCCGAACCAAGGUGAAUGCGCUCCCCUAUGGGGAGGUGCUGCGGCUGAGGCAGACAGAGCGGCUGCAUCAGGAGGGCACGCUGGCCCCUCCCAUACUGGAGCUACGGGAGAAGCUGAAGCCAGAGCUCAUGGGCCUGAUCCGCCAGCAGCGUUUGCUCCGCCUCUGUGAGGGGACACUCUUCCGCAAAAUCAGCAGCCGGAGGCGCCAGGACAAGCUGUGGUUCUGCUGCCUGUCCCCCAACCACAAGGUGCUACAGUACGGGGACAUGGAGGAGGGCGCCAGCCCACCCACCCUGGACAGUCUGCCUGAGCAGCUCCCUGUGGCUGAUAUCAAGGCACUGCUAACAGGCAAAGACUGCCCCCACGUCCGGGAGAAGGGUUCAGGGAAGCAGAACAAGGAUCUCUAUGAGUUAGCCUUCUCUGUCAGCUAUGACCAUGGGGAGGCAGAGGCAUACCUCAACUUCAUUGCCCCAUCCAAACGGGAGUUCCACCUGUGGACAGAUGGGCUGAGUGCCCUGCUAGGCAGUCCCAUGGGCAGUGAGCAGACUCGGCUGGACCUGGAGCAGCUGCUGACGAUGGAGACCAAGCUGCGGUUGUUGGAGCUGGAGAAUGUGCCUAUUCCCGAGCAGCCUCCUCCCAUCCCCCCGCCCCCCACCAAUUUCAACUUCUGCUAUGACUGCAGCAUCGCUGAACCUUGACAGUGAGGUUGGCUGUGUGCCUCAGCUGCUGGCAUUGGUGGCGGUGAAGGGUGGGGGGUGGAAAAGCCCAGACACCCUGACCAGCAGAGGCUGCAGCAGAAAUAAAGUCUGCUUGACUCCUGGG